GCCAUAUUGUGCUGUGGGAGCAGGGCAGCUCCGAUGUUGUAUGUCACCUGGAAAAAACCCCGGGCGGUCGCAAAAAGCAAACCACAACCCACACCACCUCCUCUGCACACACAAAAGCCCUUGAAAAUGAGCCCGGAAGCUCGGCUCCCGCAGCCCGCCCUGUGCCUCGCUGGCCUCAGCUUGCUCCUCGCGCUGGUGCCCACAGGGCUGGGCAUGGAGGUCAUGGCUCCUGCCACCAUCAAUGCCUUGAAUGGCACCUCUGUGAAGCUCUCCUGCACCUUCAACUCCUGCUACAAAGUGGAGAACAAGCAGUUCUCUCUGAACUGGACAUACCAGGAGUGCAAGAACUGCUCAGAGGAGCUGUUCCUGCAGUUCCGAAUGAAGAUCAUGAACAAGCAGCUGGACCGCUUUGGGAACCGGGUAGAGUUCACCGGGAACCCCACCAAGUACGACGUGUCCUUCACCCUCAACAACGUGCAGCUGGAGGACGAGGGCACCUACAACUGCUACGUCCUGAACCCCCCGGACCGGCACCGGGGCCACGCCAGCAUCAGCCUCAAGGUGCUCACUGAAGAGCCCCCCAAGCGCGAUUCGACGGUGGCCGUCAUCGUGGGUGCCUCCGUCGGCGGAUUCCUGGCCGUGGUGAUCCUGGUGCUGAUGGUGGUGAAAUGCGUGCGCCGGAAAAAGCAGCAGAGGCUGAACACUGACGACCAGAAGACAGAGGAGGAGGGGAAGACGGACGGCGAAGGCAACCCGGAUGAGGGCACCAAGUAACCCCCCUGGGCUGCCCUCCCUCUCCACCCCUGUACAGCGUGUCCCCCUUGAUGUGCUUCCCAGAGCAAGGAUUGCCGUCUCCCCCGAGCAUCCCUCCCUCCAUCUCAGUAACCAGCCCGGCCUGGAGCAGGGCGUGGAGAGCAGGUCCCCUGAGCCGGGCCGCGGCAGUGGGCGACGCGCAGGGCUGGCACGGGGCACGGAGGGAGGCAGCGACAUCCCUGCGUGCGCAGGGGCAGGAGCAGGAGAUGCCCCGUGCCUACAUGUCCCGCUAGGAAGAGCGAGCCGGGCUCUGCGAGCAGCCCACGGUGCUGCCGCUGUGCCCUGGCAUGGAGGCUGGCGUAGCCAGCUCCAGGGUCCCGCUGGCUGCCUGGCCCCUCCGUGCACCGAGGCUGCUGCGACAAGCGGCCCGUGCUCCUUGGGGCUGUCCCAGCCUGCUCCGCAGACGGUAAUGACCAUCAGCCCCCGUCUGGCUCCUGAACUCGGCUGCUUUUUGGAGCCGCUAAUGGCCCCCAGAGCGUAAUGGAUGCACCCUUCCGCGCCUCGGGCUAUAUUCGGGCCUGAGCAUCUCAGCCAAAGGAGCUGGGUUGACCUCUUGUGCUUGUUUUGCCAUUAGGGUGGGUAAUGCUAAUGGCCAACGUUUUGCUGAUGUGCCAAGGCACGCUGGUGGGGAGCGGCGAGGGGAGGGUGCUGGGGAGGAAGAGGAGCUCCAGGGCGCCUGCUGGGCAGGACCGGGCCCGGGCCCAGGCCCGGAGGCAGGGCAGCUCCCCGAAUCCCCAGGCAACCCGCCGCGAUGCCAGAACCACCUUUCCCGACCUCCCUUCGGAGCGCACCCGCUCGGAUUCGUAACUGCCACGGCAAUGCACUGCCAGCCAGCCCGGCCGCAGUGCUGGGCGCCGGCCGCCGCGGCCCCCAAAUCCCUGCUCUCGCCCCCGCCCCGCUCGCGGCACCUCGCCGCCGCCACGCGCUCCGCAGCUAGGUGUGAGCAGCGGCAGCUCCGGGCCCCUGGCCCCGCCGCCGCCGCUUCCCGGCGGGGCCCUGCACGCCCGCUGCCGCCUCCCUCGCGCCCCCCGCCCGCUGCACGCCUCCGACCGCUUCCCCCAGGCUGCACCCGCGCGCACCCCGCCGCGCGGCCGGUUCUCCGCGGUGGUGCCCUGCUCGUAGCUGGGGCCCGAGCAGCUCCGCGUCGGCCCAAGCGUGACAAUUUUGUGGCCAAAGGUCUCUGGCUGUUGCACCCGUGACCAGUCCUGCAUCCGCCUUUCAUUUCUGUCAUGCACUGCCCUUGGAUUGCAACUUGCCAAUGCAGCUGGAUGUACAUAGCUGUACACAACAGAGAUAAUCUCUACGUAUAUAAAUAUAUAUAUAUGGACAGGAGGCACUAUUGUUGGUCACGACUAUAGUUUUGGGUUGGUGCCUUCUGCUGAUUUUGUUUGCCAAACGCUGCUAGUGUUGUUUUCACCAAAGCCUGAGUGUAGGAUGUUUUUAUUGCUCUUUGUACAGUUGAAAACAAACAAAGCAGAGAACAACAAAACACUAA